AUGGAUCAUUCUUCUCAAAAACGGCAUAUUUCAGAGGAUCAUUUGAACGAUGAACAAAAUCAACAAACUCUAAAUAACUCUGAAACACGUUCUAAAAGGCCCAAGAUUACAUUACCACCACCAAUGAAUAUUUCACAAACACCACAAUUUGAAAACAUCGGUUCAUGGAAUUUACCUCCAUUAACAUCAUUAUCUACAUUGAAUCCUAAAAAUCCUAUUGUGUUUGAUCAAUCAUCAAUACCAACACCACAAAGCAAUCAACAAAAUCAACAACACCAAUCAUCUUUAUUAAGAUAUGAAUUGCCACCUCUUGAAUCCUUAGGAGUAUCGAGGUUACAAACAACAGCAACU